GCGAUCAACCGACGAAACAGAAACCGAAGGGGGAAAGUAAAAACUAGUGACUCUGACAUUAGACUCGUAAUGAAACCAUCAAAUUCCUUCCCACCCAACAGCUGAGGCUCUCACUGUCUCAUCAACUACUCCCAAAUCUUAUUUAAGUACCCGAACAAUUCUCACAACCACUUCAUCCGAAACCUUCAAAUCUCCUUUGUCUUCUCUGUUGAUUUGUUCUUCCAUUGCCAUUGUUUCAGCUACCAUCUCUUAAAAUGGCACAAAAUUAUGUGGCUGAGUCCCCUCUGGAGAGGAAUACCCUGGCUUAUCUUGACCAAAAGCUGGCUCUGGCCAAGCGCUAUUCUCAUGACGGUGUAAUGGCAGGAGCUAAAGCAGCUAUUGUUGCUAGUAUUGCCACUGCCAUUCCAACACUGGCUAGUGUGAGGAUGCUGCCUUGGGCAAGAGCCAAUCUCAAUCACACUGCUCAAGCUCUCAUAAUCUCCACAGUGGCCGGAGCAGCAUAUUUCAUAGUUGCUGACAAGACCGUUUUAGCAACAGCUAGGAGGAAUUCGUUCAAGAAAUUAUCUAACGAUGAAGUAUAAAUUCCAAUCACGAAUAUGGCUUGCAAUUAUUGUUCUACCUCGUUUGACAAAUUAGAAGCCAAUUAUCAUGUAAACCCAUCUUCAGAAUAAAUAAAUAAAGAUGGGCUUCCGGCCAUCAGCUUUAUUAAUGCAAAUCAUCUUCAUAUA